AUGCCUAUCUGGGAAAUAAUUUCUCAUGAGAUUCCUUUCCCGCACAAAACCAUUGACGAAGUAUAUACCAUGUUAAAAGAUUCAGAUACUCUGCCCCCGCCAAUAAUUUUCGGUACACCAGGAAAGCAUAAUACAGGUCAGUCACGGAACUGGAUGAAGCGUGAAGGAUCCCAAUGUAGGAAUAGGUUACUGGAGAUUUGGGAUACACUGAUGCUGUGCUCAAGAGAUGUUGGCAUCCGCCACGAAUCGCGGAAAGCAUUUGCUGAAACGGGUGACGAUACAAAUGCCGAAGACCGAGUGUUUAGUCAAGUUGGAGGAUGGACAGAGUUAUAG